AUGGAGACCGUGAACGAAAGAAACGGUACUGAUUCCACAAGUCGACUUCCUUUAUCAACAUAUUCAGUGAAAACUUCGACAACAGCCUCGACAACUUUAACGACAACUUCAAAGACAGCCUUUCAAGAACAUCCACCAGCACAGUCUUUGCAACAGCAGUCACCAUUGCAAAAACAAAUAAGACAAGACCCACAACCACUUGGGUUCGAUAAAAAUGAUGCAUCCACUUUUACUUAUCAAACAGAUAAGUCUGAGGUUACGGUUCUUGAUAUCAAGGCUUUAGUACAAAGUGCCUUGGAACAAGCAAAAGUUGAUCCAGAAGUUGUUUAUGCUGCUGCACAAUUAGUGUUACUAGCUAACCAGGAUCGAAAUAACGGAUACUUCGUCGACGCUAAUUCAACGGGUAUCUUGGAUGUUACAGCAAAUCGUCCCAGUGCUAUGUCUCUGUCGAAUUUACUCUUACCAGAUGAGGCUGACUGGACGCGUUUUGUUUGCGUUAGUGAUACUCAUAACAAGGUCAGCCUUGAAACCUAUAAUGUUCCCGAGGGGGAUGUUCUACUUCAUUCAGGGGACUUAACCGAAGUUGGUAAAUUGGUUCAGAUAGAAGCUGCUAUUGACUGGAUCAAAAGUCUUCCGCACAA